AUGUGCAGCCGCUCAGUCUCGAAUCUGUGUGGACUGCCCACCGCCAGGGUCCAGGAUCCGGAGAGGUGUCCAGGAGGAGAGGACCCUCAGACCAGCCAGCCCGGUGGCCGCGGAGUGCCCGUGCCAGCCCCAGAUCUCCCUGCGGACGAUGAGCAGGCGUGUUCCAUCCAGGAUGAAGUAGUGGAUCCUGAGGUGCCCAGGAAAUCCCCCGUCAGACACCACCACAGGCAUAAGAAGCGAAUCCUCCAUCACUGGCAUCGCAGCCGUGUACACCCUAGAGUUGCAUCAACGGAAGAUCACAGUGAGAACCUGGCGCGGAAGCGUUCAUCUAAGCAUGUCCCAGGUGUUCACGUGGUGGACAAAGACACAAAGAAAAACAGUACGCAUUCUGGGAUCACCGCUAUGCUGAGGAAAAAUUCUGGUGUUGACAAAGGUGACCUGAAACACCUACAGCAGCAUAUGCCAGGGCAGACAUCCUCUGAGGAAGCCACAGGAGUUCACAUGAUGCAGGUGGACCCAGCCACACUGGCGAACGUUCUGACGACAGAUGUACAUCAGGAGCCGUCCAGUGACAACCGAGACGGGGAGGACCCAGAGGAUGUGAAGAAAUCGUCGGGAGUUCCACCGGAGGAGAGCGACGAAGGCUUGUUGUGCGAGCGUCUGCUCAAGGUACCAUCUGAGAGGUUCCCUUACUCAUUGAAGAAAAGAGUACACUUUGAGGAAGAAGAGCGCGACAAAGGCUUGUUGUUUGAGCGUCUGCUCAAGAUACCACCUGAGAGGUUAUUAGACUCUGUUGAGAAAAGAGUACACUUUGAGGAAGAAGGUGACCUGGAAGACCUGGAGGAGGAUGUGCCAGGGCAGACAUCCUCGGAGGAAGUCACAAGGGUUCACAUGAUGCAGGUGGACCCAGCCACACUGGCGAACGAGCAUCUACUACAGGAGCGGUCCAGUGACAAGGGAGAGGAGGAGGACCCAGAGGAUGUGAAGAAAUCCUCGGGAGUUCCACCGGAAGAACUGGAAGACUCCACCAUUACAGGCAGCCACCAGCAGGUGUCAGCAAGUCCUUCCUCUGCACCUGCAGAAGCAGCAACAGAAAAAACAAAAGCGGAAGAGGAAGAGGAAACCAGGAGGAAAACCAGGAAGCCCAAGAAGAAAACCAGGAAUCCCAGCAAGAAUAGCCGGUGGAAUAUCCUGAACUGUUGGGACAUUUUUAAUAUAUUUUAGAGACCUCUGAAGAUUCCUCGAACACCAGGAAGGGCCCUGAUGUGGGGAUGUCAGCCUGGCUCAGACUUCAUAUGGAUCGUGAUCAUUUUGGGAACUGUGCUACUCCAGAAACUUUUAUAAUCUUUGCUCAAUUUGUUUUUAAACAUUUUCCUGGCUGGGCAUGGUGGCUCAUCCCUGUAAUCCCAGCACUUUGGGAGGCCGAGGCGGGUGAAUCACCUGAGGUCAGGAGUUCGAGGCCAGCCUGGCCAACAAGGUGAAACCCCGUCUCUACUGAAAAUAUAAAAAUUAACUAGGCAUGGUGACACACUCUUGUAGUCCCAGAGGCCACUUGGGACUUGGGAGGCUGAGGCAGGAGAAUCGCUUAAACCCGGGAAGCAGAAGUUGCAGUGAGCUGAGAUCAUGCCACUGCACUCCAGCCUGGCAACAGAGUGAGACUUCAUCUAAAAAAAAAAAAAAAAUUCUGACUUUAACCUCUGUUUUUUAGAGGGCACAAAUUGUUAUUGUGUUGUUUCUCUUUCACAUUUUUUUCCUGAAGUUAUUUUCCGAUUGUUUUCAUUCUUUCCGAAGUUUUGUUCACUCAGUUUUGAGUUUUUGUAAUUUUGAUAGACUUCUUUUGUGCUUUCAUUUUCUCAAUGAUUUGUACG